AUGGUGCUUUGGGCAGGACGGGCAUCUCUGGAAACUUUUUGGACUUCGCGUAGAACUGAGCCAUCCGUCCGAUCGCUACUCGCCCUUCGCGAAGUUGCACCGGUCUCUCCGUCACGAAGGGGGAGGCCGAACAUCGUGUGGAUCCUUACGGACGAUCAAGAUCAGGUUCUGGGCGGUUCCUUCCCUCCGACCAGCCCGCAUGGCGCCACGCCCAUGCCGAAGACCCAGCGGCUCCUGAGUGCGGCCGGCAUCCACGCAGAGAACUGGCACAUCCACGUGCCCAUCUGCAGCCCCUCUCGGUCAACUUUGCUGAGUGGCCGCUACUUCCACAACAUCAAACAAGUGGGCGGUUCGGGUGGUGGGAUGCAUGUGAACUACAGCAAAGUGAAUGAUGACACCUUUGUGAGGCGUCUUCAUGAUGCGGGCUACAUGACUGGAAUGUUCGGAAAGUAUUUGAACGUGAUGCCUGAGAAGGUGCCCCCUGGUUUUGAUGUCUGGUUUGCCAACGGCGGUGGCGACUACUUCGCCCCACAGUUCAUGACCAAAGGAGUGGAUGGUCUCCCGGAGGGCUGGGUAAAGUUCAGCAACGCUCCUUCCAACUACAGCACGUCUGUCAUCGGGAACAUAUCCCUUGCCUUCAUCGAGAAAGCCAUCCAUUCAGAAAGGCCCUUCAUGGCAUACAUCGCCCCCAAAGCGGCCCACGAACCCUUCAACCCCGCCCCCUGGUACCGCGACACCUGGGAUGCUUCCUGGCCCGAGCAUGAGCCACGGGCUGAGAAUUGGAAUUGCUCCGCUGGCAGCCGUCGUGACCACCAUGGCAACAUCGCCACGGAGCCGCUACUUAGUCCGGAAGCUGCCCGGGUCAUCACCGGCGUCUUCAAAAAUCGCUGGCGGACGCUGCUGUCGGUGGAUGACCUCAUCGCAGAUGUCAUUGGGAAGGUGGAAGAGCUAGGAGAGCUGGACAACACCUACUUCUUCUUCUCCAGUGACCAUGGUUUCCAGCUGGGUCAGUUCAACAUCCCCAUGGACAAGCGCCACGUCUAUGAAUGGGACACCAAGAUCCAUCUCCUUGCUCGUGGUCCUGGUAUUCGACCCAGCUCGAGCUUCUCGGCGCCGGGCACGCAGGUGGACAUUGCACCGACGCUGCUGGGCCUCGCCGGGUUGGCAGCGCCGGAGGACUAUGACGGCCACUCGAUCGCCCGAUUCCUCAUAUCGCCCGAACUGGAGGCUCAAGUGCCGCAGUCGACUCAGCGACACUUGCGUGCUCUGGCGGAGCCCGGGGAAGCGGCGCGGAGAUGGAGAAAGGAGUUGUUCAUUGAGUACUACUUCGUGGACUACAACACCAAAUGCGUGCUGAACUGCCCGAACACAUCGGCCUACCCCUUCGCCGACAGCUGGUGUGGCGAUCUGGCCAACAAUCGGGACUGCUGGUGUUCCAGAGAAGAGAAGGUGGAGACUGGUUGCUACUACACAGAGACCCCUGCCAACAACUUCAUCGCCCUUCGUGAUUUCACUGGAGGGAGGAAUGUGCUGUAUGCGGAGUUCCAGACCGGUCAACUCCAGGAAGUGCCUAUCGACUUCAGCAAUGUGGAUUUCGCAGAGCUCUAUGACAUUGCGAAAGACCCGUGGCAGAUGAGGAACUUGAUCAACCACUCCGAAGAGGUGGCGAAGCAGGAAUGGCACAGAUUGCGCUCCAUCGACCUGAUACCGAAGGUGGACGUGGCCCGGAACCAGCAGCUGGCACACCAGCAGAACAUCCGAUCCAUGCCGACAUUUCAGUUCUGGAUGCGCGGGAAGAAGCGACAUCAGUUCUCCGGCGCAGACGAGUACUCGCUGAGAGAGUGGACCCAGAAGCUGAUCCAGGAGGCCGACCGGGAUGACGUCAUCGUCACCAGGGAAGCGCUGGAGGAGUUCUACCUGAAGCACGACCCCGGCAAGGCGACCAAAGAGAGCCUGGACACCAUCCUCCAGAAAAACAGCAAGGACUUCCCCACCAUGGUCCGGCUGCUGAAGAAGAAGUACGGUGAGGCUCCUAAGACGACGCAGAAGCCGAAACCGACGAAGGAGGCCGACAGCGCCAACGCAGGAGGAGGGCAAGGCAAGGCUGGACCUAACCUCGAGGCGGCCUCAUUAGAGGAGCUCAAGCGCGAGCUCGAGAGGCGUGAAGAGGAUGCCGCAGAAAUGAAGGCAGAGGAGGAGGAAUGCUCGCAUCCCAACAUAAUCCCGCUGGUGAAUCUUGACAGUCCUAGGAGUGCCGAGCUACUUACCGAGCUGCAGCAGGAAGGGCCAUGUCUUGUGGGAGUUGUUCAGGGCCAUCUCGCCACUAUGCUCCGCGAUGAUGCCCGCCCGGUCUUGGUGUUGCAGGGCUCUCACCUGACCUCCAUGGAUGUCCUUCGAGAGGACGUCUCUCUGGAAGUGGUUCGGCGGACUGUGACGGAAGCAGCUGCCAGGAGCCUGCAAGAGGCUCGCACCACCGUUGGCGAGCUCAGCGCAGGUAACAUCAAAGAGAUCACGGCUCUGAAAGUCCCGCCGCGGGUCUUGCUCCACGUACUGUCGGCUAUUUUGGCCUUGAUGGGGCACAAAGAGCCUUCAUGGGAGUCUGUGCAAGAGUUUCUACGUGGCCCUGAACUGCCAAAUCUCAUCGCCCUCGAGCCCCACCAAGUUAGCUGGGAGAGCCAGCUCGCCGUGCAGCAGAUGGUGGAGGAACACCCCGACAGUUUCAAGCACGAGGAGAUCAAUCGAUGCUCCCUGGUGGGCGCCGGCUUCGCGGCCUUGGUCAGGGCCUUUCAAGCCUGCUGGGCAGGCGAUUCGGCGUAA